AUGGUCACCACCGCAGCCGCGGCCGUGGUGGGUGUUUUGGCUGGAGCUACUCUGACAUUCCUGUACCAAAAGUCCAAGAUGAGAAAUAGUACAUGUAGUAUCACAGGAAGGACAACAGCUCCCUCCAGCACUCGCCUUGGCCAGAUUCUCUCCUUUCUCAGGGAAAGCGACAAACUAAAGCUGGUAGAACGUAGUGUUUAUGUUUCGGACUGUCAAAGGAAAGAAAGCUCGGCCGAACACUCGUGGCAUUUGGCGGUCAUGUACAUGGCUCUUCGCAAAGAUAUUCGUUUCAGUGUACAUGACAUAAAUCAACUUCGGAUGCUAGAAAUGCUGUUGGUUCACGAUUUGGUAGAGGUCUAUGCGGGAGAUACGCCCAUGCUCGAGAACGUAACCACCGAUUCCUCUACAGGCCUGCUGGUGGAGGAUGAUCAAAAGAGGGCUCGAAAGCAAGAGGAAGAAGCACAAGCUGCAGAGCGUUUGUUCUCGCACCUACCGGAUGACUUGGCAAUAGAGUUUCGAGGGCUCUGGGACGAAUUUGAACUGAGGCAAACGCCAACAGCCAAGGUUGCCAAGGGGUUGGACAAGUUGCACUGUUUGGUCCAGAAUUCGUGUUGCAAUGGCAUGGACUACAAGGCAUACAACAGUACCUAUGGAAACGAAAUGCCGCUCAUUACAAAAUAUGUAGACUUUGAUCCCGCUCUAAUGCUCUUGGCAGAAAUGCUCUUGGGGGAUGCCAAGAAACAGGGGUGGAUUUAA